AAUCAAAUCUAUCCUGAUACUGCAGACUUAAUAUGUAGUUAUAAUAUUUGUCAAAUCUUGUGUCAACUGGUCUCCAGUAACAUCUCUGUUGAAAGCAUAAGCCUAUUUAUAGCUCUAAGGUGCCAAUGACCAAUGCUUAGAUUGCUAUAUAUAUUAUUAUAUACAUUGUUAGUCACAAGUUUGCUAAACUCUGUUCCCGUUUAGAAUAAUUUGGCGGGGACCAGGUAAUCCAAACAGAAUGUGCAAUUAUACGAAGGACCAAUGCCAAGGGAGCUGAUUAAAAUUGAAGUUAGGCCUUACAAUGUUAAUCAUUAUCACCUAAUUAUAUUAAAUAUGUGCGACAAAAAUUUCCAACAAUUUUUGGAAGUUUUGAAUGAAGUUGAAGCAAAAGGGUGUGGCGAGCGUCGAUUGCAACCAAUUCCAGAAAUAUGCGUCUUACAAAGUCGAGAUGAACGAGGGCGUGAUCGUUGUCCUGUGCUUCCUGAGAUAAAAACCAUCAAAUCAAAACACAAACCAGUGUUUUGUCCGUUACGAAAGCCAGGUUUCGUGUACAGGAGUAAAAAUUUUUCGAGGAAAACUUUUUUGGAUAAUAAUUUAUGGGAAUUAAUGUGUGGAAGGAAAGUAUUGCGAUCUCCUACAUUCAAGUACAGAGAAAAACGAAAGUCAAUGCUUAGUCCGUACACAUUACGAGCUCUUGAUAGACUCUGUGAACUCACAAUUGACGCCAAAACUUUGCCAACUUGUGGCAAUUCGAAGCCGAAAAACUUGGCGCCGAUUACAACAACCUCACAUAAAAACGCUGAAUCGUCAUUUGGGAACAAAUUCUUGCCGUUGUCAAAAAGUAAUACUUUACCUAUGGAAUCAACAAAAUCUCAUUUUCCUACACGGCGAAAACAAGUUAUUCAAUCAUCAAAGUUUUCCACUGAAGGAAUAAAUUCUAGAGAGCAAAAUACUAUCAAAUUGGUCCCACAAGAUGCAGGAUUCAAAAAUUGGGCUGAUUCCGCUUCAGGCAUUUCAUUUAAGGACUUAGCUUCUACGAAAGAUGAUGAAGUCUGUGACAACGUACCUCGUUUUGAAAUUGGUUCGCCAUCUUUCACGCAACGGACAAAAAACGAGCAAUACCAAUCUUCAAAAUUGACCCCUAUCAAUACCACUAACUUGGAGCAUUCUACGAGCAAUAUUCCACCAAAUUCUUCGAAGCCUAUUCCAAAUAUUGAAAGAUCUUGCUCAUUCCAGGCUCGAAUGUGUGAACAGGACAUGUCAAUGUCUGUGGACGAGCUCUCCUCAUACAUGGAAGAUUUUUUGUUUCUUCCACAGAAAAUGUCGAGUAUGGCUGAAAUGAUGUAUACUUGAGUUGUUGAAUGCAUGUUUUAUGUUGUUGUCGGUUAUUUUACUUUUGGUAAGAAUUUUUGCUAGUCCCGUAGUGUGUGUACCACUGCAUGAGUCAUUAGUAUUCGCAAGCUGUUAUCACCCUUUUCUUACAUUCCCUUUUCCGUAAUUUCACCAUUUCCCUGGGUAUCGGUUCUUUACAUAGUAUAACAUAUUGGUACAUACACUUCUGGAGCGCCGAAUUUUUCGUAUGUCUCCAUGUCUUACGUAUCUUAUGUCCAUUAUAAACUGACGUUGAUAUUGCAAAUAUUUGAAAGGGUUCCCUGUCCCAAUAGCAGCUUGUCUACUUUUUCAAAGUGUAGGAUUAAACUUCACUAAAAUUGCAUUGGAAAAACUCGACUAUCUUGAAUUCGACCAUAAUUUGUCUGUCUACUAUAUCACUUGUUUUGCGUGUUACGUCACAAUAAAAUAAUAUAAAAUCAUCCCAUACACAUUACAGAAUAAGGACCUCCCGAAGUAUGCGCACCAAAAUGACGCACAACCUGAACCCAGGUUACACCCAAACGUACUUCAGGAGCACGCAAAAUAAUCCUAUAGCGUGUGUAUUGUGGAGGUGUCGGUGGUACACGGCCAAAGUAAAAACACUAAAUUGGUACGCUACGCAGUCA